AUGAGGGAGAAGAGGGCGUGCCGGCAAGAGACCAAGAAACUAAAAGCCGAAAAGAAGGCGUUGGAGGAUGUGCUCAAUCCCAAGGUGGCACCUCGAAACGCGACACCAGAGAGGUUUGAAAUCAUCCGCCAGAUGGAAGGGCUGAGCAACGUCCAAAUCGCGGCGGAGAUGUUGGAAAACAUCGACGAGGUAACCAAGGUAGCCGAAAGAUCCUCCAAUCUAAAAGGCACCUUCGUUAAGAAGCUAAAGGCCAGCUCCAACAAGCUGAGGGCUGCUGCCGUCGUGGUGGGCAAGAAGACGGCCGACUCCACCAACGCGGCCCUAGAGGAAGAGACGGUGAGGCUGAGAGGAAGAGUGAGGACCCUCGAGGAGCAGGUGGGGAGACUCACGGCUCUCCUUCACAAGGAGAGGGAGGAGAGAGUAAAGAGGGAAGCGGCGAGGGAACCAGAGGAAACAAUGGAAGUGGAGAUGCCAGAAGAGCACCCCGCCCAAGCCCGAACCCAAAGCCCGGUGAAACUCGCCAAGAAUGAAAGGUCAAUGCGAUCAAAGGCCCAAACUGAUAGGCAACGGGCAGAGAAGGCGGGGAAAUCGGAGUCGGCCCAAGCGAGUGAGAACCCGGUAUAUCGACCGACAAUCAGGGGAGAGAGGAGAUUGAUCGAGGAACCUCCAUUGGAUGAGGCCAUGGAGGGAGUUAAAAGGAUCAUGGAGGGGUUAUCCAUCAAGGAGAUUGUCAAUGGGAACCCACAAGAGGUAAGAGGCAAACUGGAAAAUUUAGUUGUAAGAUGCCAGGGAGCGCUAUCUCGAAUCCCGAGGGAGAGUAAGUCGGGCAGGGGAAGCGACGGGAGAAGUCUGCCUUCCAUCACAAAGAUGGAAGUGGUUAAAGGCAGAGUGAGGGUGAGGGCAAGGGAGACGGCUGCGAAGAUCAUUCGUGAUUCGAAGACGCCCAAGGAACAGGCCCACAAUCCCCCGAGCACCUCAUGGGUGGAGGUGGUGAGGAAGGGGAAAGGUAAGAAGAAGCCGGCGACCGACAACAAGCCACCAGCGACGAGGCCCGCGAAACCUGAAGCUGCGGCUUUGGAGAAAGGCAGGAAGAAGGCCACAUACGCGGAAGCGGCUAAGAUGAGGUCAUCUGACAAAGGCGGAAAGGCGAACCAGCCAACUACAAUGGGGAGCGGGAAAGGAGAAAAACAACCCCAACGGACGGACACAAAGGCAGUUAAGCCAAGUGCAGUCCAGGGGACGAAAGCACAGGUACCGGCCCUGAAAAAGAGAAGGUCUCCGAGGUCGGAAGCAGUUUCGAUCUCCUUCCCUGCCGGCGAAAGUGCGCAGGGCAUGCGGGACAUCCGAGCGAAGGUCGAUCUGGAGACCUUAGGGAUAGGGCCCCUGAAGCAAAGAAGGGCGCUAACAGGGGCCCUGAUAUUUGAAAUAUCGGGGCCGGAGAGCGCGAAAAAGGCCGACGCCCUCGCGAAGAAGGUGAGCGAGGCGGUAGCAGGCAAGGAGGGAAUUCGGAUCUCUCGCCCCACGAAGAUGGCGGAGAUCCGAGUCAAAGACUUGGACGAAUCCCUCACCCAAGAGGAAAUCGCCCAGGCCAUAGCACGAGUGGGAGGCUGCGGUCAGGGUGACAUAAAGAUGGGCCAACCCAGGAGGGCUCCUAAUGGAUUGGCGACGGUCUGGGCCCAAUGCCCGGUCGCAGCGGCGACAAAAGUAGCAGCGGAGAGGCGCAUCAGGGUCGGGUGGGUAUCCCUACGUGUGGAGAUGCUCAACGCCCGUCCCCUGGUGUGCUUCCGUUGCUUGGAGAGGGGGCAUGUUCGGGAGCAGUGCCGCAACCCGGCUGACCGAAGUGCCCUAUGCUAUAGGUGCGGCAAAGAGGGCCACAAGGCACAAGAGUGCGGUGGCGAACUGAAUUGCCCGGUCUGCAGCGCCAGGGGUCUUCCGGCGCGACACAAGGCAGGCGGAGCGGCCUGCCCCCCGGUGUCCAAAAAGGCCAUGAAGAAGGCCAGAAAAACCGGGGCACAGAAGUCAAAGGAGGGGGAGAGCAAGGAGGUCAGGGGGGAGGUCAACAGAGAUGAAGCGAUGGAGACCGAACCCAUGACGGAAAUGCAGGGAGCCGAGUCUACGGCGAAAGUAGGGGGAGAAGGCCAGGAGGAGGCCGCUACGGCAUCGCCUUCACAAUGCUAA